GAUUGCACGAAAAAGAUCGGAUCGAAAACCAGAUCAAAUGGGUGCAAAACGGAUGAAGACAAGUUGCAGUCCUGGGACCUUACGAUGGUGCGUGCGUCCGCAUGGAUGGUCGGACGACUGCUAUCUCGGUGGUGUUGGAAAGCUUUCGUCGAGACGGUCGUCUGGCUAUGCUGCACGUCUUGAUCGGACCUCCGAUUACCUUUCUAUACAUAUAUUUUUCCGGUCAUCUCCCCAGCCGUCCGCCACCGCCGGAAAUCAUCGUCGCGCCAGAAGACAGCUGAGCCCAACCAUGCACAACCGCACGCACUCGCGCAUAGCCAGGCCCCACCAGCGACGACCAGCGAUGACGCCUGUUCACCCCCGCAUCGACGACCAGCGACGCGCAGCGAGCUUCCAGUGCCGCUUGCCUGCUCGCGAUCGGUCAUCGCUGCCA